AUGAGGCAACAGAAAAGAUUGAAGAGCAAGCACCCUUGUGCUGGCAACGGCGAUAGAGCUCAAGAUAAUCAUAACAGAAACGAUGCUGAUGAAAUCUCACUAGACAGCCUUCCACCUGGUGUGCUCAACCAGUAUGUACUAGACGAAGACGAUGAAUGGUCGUACAAUGAUGGUGAUGAUGGUAAUAAUGGUGAUGCGAAUGACGAUGAACCAUCGAUGAGUGAGCAGCCAAACGAAGACACAACAGAAAGCAGUACCAGAACUGAUCAACCUGGACACGAAAGUACCUGUCUAGACAUUAACUUAUUCAAGCUCCCAUGCCUACAAGAGGCCAACCUUGAAUCACCAAAGACCCCAUUUGAUGUUCUGGCGGGAAGCUUGAUUGCUCUCAACAAAUCCUUGUCGUCGCGUCACUGGUUUCAGUUGUUCCACCGUGAAAUGGAAGAAAGCAAGGUUCAUGAAAGCAUCGGAACAUUCCAUGAAAUACUGGGAUUGGACCAGAAAGAGUGUUUGGAUGUUCUCGUUGCUUCCGGACUUGUGGCACCUAACAAGAACGGUAAAAUGCAAACAAAGAAGAAGAUAUUCGGGAUGCUUAAAAUUUUUGCUGAUGGCUUUGACUUCAAGAUCAACACCACAAUCCAAGGCUCCACGCACUCAUUCGUCUUGAUUGGUCCACCAGAAGCAAAGAUGCCGUCCCUUAGUGAACAACUGGGCACAGAGAAGGGCAUACCAUCUUUUGACCAGUCAAACAUUGCCGUCAUCCGAGAUAGCUUCAAGCAGUACUAUGACUCCGAUGAGAUUCCAAAGCAAUACGCAAGAAGCACGGCACCAGAAGAAGAUGCGGAAAAUCAUUUGAGUGAAACCGACCAAACCAAGCCAAGGGGGAUCCUCUAUAACAGCCCGAGCCUGGGAAAGAAGAAGAAAAAUAAGAACAACAGACGAAUGAGAACCACACUCUUGAUUGACGGGGAGCGGGUACCAUGCCCAAACAACUACAAACUCGUUUCCAAGCAGAAAUUGAAUCAUUACAAGCGGACAGAGAAACUGUACGAAGCGAUCCGGAAGGCAAGCAAGAGGAAAAUCUGCGUCUUGGAUGAGCAAAUGAAGUUCUUUCUCGGAGCAGUUGUUGGUCUGUGUGUUCAGGUCCCUGGUGUUGCUUUUGAGCAAAUCUUUUUUUCGGCUGCAAUUAUUUUUGCAACCAUCCUCAAGCUUGUUGACUUCGAAGAUCAGGAAGCAUCUACUAUGAGCCACCUUCAGAUCUUCAAAAUGAUGCCAUCUCGAACCACAGGCAACAGAUAUGCGCAAAGAGCAGCAGCACACAAUGUCAUCCGUCAAGGCGCCCGAAUGAUGCAAGCCAAAGCGCUUUUCCUUGGAGCAGACAAAGGCGGCGGUAGUUUGAUAAAGAAAAUCUGCUAUUACUCUGAAGAAGAUGGGAUAAUUGACACAAUCGACCUUGAUUUCGAUGGUUCUGGAGAGGACGCGGUAGCAUGUGCAGAUGCUGUCUAUCAUUCGAUGUCAAGGUAUGUCUUUGGUGAUGAUAAGCAUAUCCAACUGAAUAACAUCAUCAAAGGUGGAGGAAGCGAUAGCGGCGGUGGAUUCACAAACGCGAAGAUGAAGGAACAGCUGGUGAGAGUUUGUUUGGCUAGCAAUGCUGAAUACAUCCACUGUCCAUGCACCUCUCACAAUGACCAGACCAAUCUUCGAACUGCAAUUGAAAAUAUCUUUGGUCAAGGCGGGCUUGAAAGACGCAAUGUUAUGCAACUACUCCAUGCCUAUGCUUACUUUCAAAGAGAAUUUUCUGACAAAGACGAAUACUUUGAUCUUCUCAAAGCUUCAUACCAUGGGAAAUUUCCCGACAAGAAAGCGGUGCCAAAGGAUUUGCUUCGAUUGAUGCAGGAACCCAUUUUGACGAGGUGGAAGACAGUUGGAGAAGCUGCAAGGUACAUUCACAAGUAUCUCGAUGUCCUUGUCUACUUUGUCAGCGCCAUUUGCAAUGUGGAAAAAACCGACUCGAAGAAGAAUAAGUGUGGCAGUAAUUUUCUUUCCUUGGCAAAAGAGCCAGUGAUCAAGGGUGAUUUGGCAUUUUUGUUCGAUUUUGACAAGAGCUUUUUUAACAAUCACAUGGAAUUCAAUCAUGCCCUGGACGAGAAUAUUGGACGAACCGGUUUCCUAGCUCACCAUCACCUGGUUCGCUACUUCUUAAAGACUAUCGAGUUGAAGGAGUUUAAACAGGAGGUGGAAAAAGGAGCACAGUACAUCGCUCAAUCCCCACAAACUGCAAAGCUUCCUUCCUUUUGGCAAGCAAUGAGGGACUGUGAAGGCUUGGACACCAAAUACCAGACUGAUCGUGCUAGAAAAUUCCUUAAGCUGUAUGAGAUAUCGCUUCACAAGCACAACCAACACUUUUGCAAUGAACUCUUGUUUCUUGGAUGCUUCAGUGAAAAACCAACAGCAACUAUUGUUGCAAAAUAUCUGAUGCUAGUGUGCGAUGAAGAUGGUCUUACUGCUCAAGAUUUAGUGGAAGGCCAAGAGGCUAAAUUGUUUAUGUCUUCUAUGCACCAUAAUAAAACAAUUGAUCUUGAGGCGUUUGCAAGGUUCUUGAUUGAAUAUGGAAAAUCGGAUUGUCUUGAUACAGUGCACUUUGAACGACUUCAUGAUAUCCUAUGUAAGAUAUCAAACGGCGCAGAUUUUUGGAACCCAACGACUGAGCAGGGUUGGGAUGAUCUAAUUUUUUAUAUGAACUUCUAUGCUCCGCUUCCUUCGACAAUGGAAGAGAUCGAACGGAGCGUGAAAACGGCAAGAUUGUGCAAGAGAACCGGCAAGAACGAACAAAAUGUGAGCUCGUAUGGUAUUGCUCGAGCUCCGCUUCUCACCAAGUGUGAUGAACCUAAUCUACUACUAAGUUCAUACGGGGACGCUAUGAGAGAACAGAGAGCGUCCGAAGCAUCUGCUGCAUCUGCCGAGGGGAAAGAGUCCAGAUAUAGUGGAGAGUACAAAGAGGAUCUGAGCCGUGGUCCUGCAAGAGUGGAAAAUGUAUUGAAACAUAGCCUCAAUAUUUACAAUUACGUGGAGGAACAGAAAAAACAAAACAAGGAAGGAUAUGAACAGAAACUUGAUAUCACACUGGCAAAUCUUGGCGAUAAGAGUGCGAAAGAAAGUGCAAGACGACAACGCGACUAUGCUGCAAACGUGGAGAAACAACAUGGAAAGAGUCUCAGUGGCUCGGCGCGACAGAGGCAGCAAGGGGUAGACAUAACUCCAUACAUGGCUGGCAGAGUCGUCUUCGCAAAGUGUCUGAAAGCCAAAAAUAUGAACGCAAUGGUAGUUGAGGCGGUCGCUCGAGAACUUCUCGAUGAAAGCGACAAGGCCGCAUACAAUGAAGGCAAACCUGUGUCUAUCACGUACACCAGUAUUAGGGCUCUGAUUGCCAAUGACGUUGUCAGAAGAUGGAAGGAGGAGCACAAGGACAAACCACUUAGUGAAGAAGACGAAAAAGAGCUUCGAAAAACAUUUCAGCCAAUAUCUGACGCAGAAUUUGUUCAGAAGGACUAG